AUGCGGUUGAAGGGCUUAGAAGUGCUGGAAACUGGUGAGCUGCUUUGGGAGGUGUCAGCGGAGGAAGUGAGAUUUAUCACAGACGCGCCCACCCUCCUGGCUGCCAACCUCUUCUCCCGCCUGUUGCUCCUGCCCCUCCUGCCCCAUCCCCCUCUCACUCUUUCCUUCCCUCAGGUCCUGGAAACAGGUGAGCUGCUUCGGGAGGUGUCAGCAGAGGUCAGUUUCAUCACAGACGCGCCCACCCUCCUCGCUGCUAAUCUCUUCUCUCGCCGCUGCAUCCUCCAAGUCACUCCCUCCGCCGUCCGAUUGCUCGCCAGCUCAGCCAGCCUGCUGCAGGAGAUGCUGCCACGUGGCAUGGUGGACGAAGGUGGGGAGGGGAUGGAGGAGGGGAAGGAUGGGGGAGAGGACGUGGAGAUUGAGUCUGCUGACGUGGCGGAUCCGUAUGUCAUGCUGCGAUUGGUGGACGGCAGAUUCGUGCUACUAGGCCCAGACCCGUCCAAGCCUCUCUCCCUGGUGCCCAUUCCAUGCCACCUGCCCACUCCUCCCUCUGAUCCCAUCACAGCCUUUUCCCUCCUCCUCUCCCCCUCGCCAUCCACAACCAAUCUCACCGCUGCUGCUGCGGCUGUUGCUGCUGCUGCUGCUGCUGCUGCAGCUGCAGCAGAGGCAGGCAAAGGAGGAAAGGACUCUUUUCCUGCAGCAGAAGAAGCUACAAAAGCUACAGCCACUGCUACAGCUGCUGCUACAGCAGGGAGUGAAGCCAUGGAGGUGGACUUAAAGCCAGGGGAUGCUGAGAAGGAGGCAGUGGGGAAGCAGGGGUCGGGGAAAGGGGGGGUGGGAGGAGAUGAGGAGAUGGUGGUAAAGGAGGAGAGGAGGGAUGGGGAGGGGAAGGAUGAGGGAAAGAAGGAGGCGGAAGAGGGCGAUGUUGAGAUGGAUAGUGGCAGUGGUGCUGGCAAUGGUGUGGGUAAGGGCACAGACGUCAAAACAGGGGAGGAGAGCGUGAAAAUAGAGGUGAAAGUAACAGAGGGGUCACAGAAAACAGAGAAGGAUGGGCAAGCAAGGGCAGUAGCAGCACACACGCCUGCACCAGUUGCCACCUCAGCACACACGUCAGCGCCUGAUUGGCCAAAGCAGUUUGUCGUGGAUCUGCAUGUGUCUGUCAACCCCGUCACCGGGCGGCUGUUUUUGUUUGUAGUGCUUUCAGACGGACGGCUGCUGGGAUUCAGAGCGUUCUGCCCCUCGGGAGCUUCCCCUGGAGAUGUGAUUGCAGCGAGUGUGACAGUAACGGGGGAGCGGGGUGCGAAGGUGGGAAGGCGAGCAGAGGGGGGAGGAGGGCAGGGGGUGGGGGAGGGUGAACCUGGAGGAAGAGAAGGUGGAAUAGGGGUAGGUGGAUCAGGGGGAUUUGGGAUAAGUGGGUUGCGUUUCCAGAGGGUUUGUUUAGAGGAGGAAGAGGCAGGGAUUCAUGAGGUGGAGGGGGAGGAGGAAGAUGAGAAGGGGAAAGGGGAGCGGGCAGUGGGGAGAGGGGCAGGUGCUGGUGAUGGGGGAGGAGGGGGAGAAGGUAGGGUGAAGCAAGAGGGAGGUGAGAAGGGGGAGGGUGAAAGUGGGGGAGGUGAAAGUGGGGGUGGUGAAAGUGGGGGUGGUGAUACUGCAGCAGAAGAGAAGGCGCAGGGGGAGGAGGGUGCGGAGAGGAGCAGGAAAGCUGGGAGAGCGAGAAAGAAAAUGCUAUUCCCGUUUCAAGGAGUGGGGUUGGAGGGGAGUGGAGGAGGGGGCGGAGGAGGGGGUGGAGGGGGCGGAGGAGGGGGUGUGGGUGGGAGGGGUAAGGGAGGUGUGGGUGAUGGGGGUGGUGGCAUUGGCGGUCUGUUUGUGGCUGGGAGCAGACCCAGAUGGCUGAUGCUACUGCGGGAUAAAGUGUGGAUGCACCCCGUGGCCAUGGAUGCAGCAUCGAGCGUGGUGGCUAUGGCACCCUUCCACAACGUCAACUGCACUCACGGCUUCCUCCUCAUCUCCUCUCUUGGAGUGCUCUCCAUCUGCCAGCUGCCGCCGCUCUUCCAGUUUGACAACGCAUGGCCCCUCAAUAAGAUUCCCCUGCGUUCAACCCCUCAUUCGGUCACUCUCUCGCCCGACGCAGCUCAUCUCUUCCUCGUCACUUCGACCCCCGUGUCCCGCCCAGUCUCUCAGUUCCUCGUUCCAUCCCUAGAAGACCCAAAAGACCCUUCAACCGCAGCACUAGGCUUGGCCGGACCUGGAGGUCUGGGAGUUCCAGGCACCUCCGGCACAGGCUCGGAAAAUGAUGGCGAAGCAGUGGCUAUGGUUGACGACUUCCAACUUCGGGUGGUAACCUGUCCGAGCCUGGAGGCUCCGAGCCGCGCCCUGGAGGUUCGGCAGAGCUUUGAGUUCCAGCCGUUUGAAGCGGUGACAAUGGUGAAGUCAGUGGUGUUGAGGAAUCGCAGCACUGGGCAUCUGCAGACGCUCCUUGCAGUGUGUACGACGUUUAUCACAGGGGAGGACGCACCCGGGAAAGGCAGGAUCCUGCUCUUCGAGUAUAACCCUCUGGCAACAGCUGAUGGGCAUGGUGCUGGUGCGACUGCAGCAGAUGCUGAGGGCAAGGCGGCAGGUGGAAGCACAGGAAUUCCCUUGCUGAGGGAGCUCUAUUCAAAGGAGCCCAUAGCGGGCAGCAGUCAGAGAGGCAGCGUGGCAGCACUCACAGCGCUGCAGGGCAAUCUGCUGCUGGCGGUGGGGCGGCAGCUGGUGCUGUAUGCAUGGAACGGGGUGGAGCUAGAAGGAAUCGCGUUCCUUGACGCUCCUCUAUAUGUGGUUUCCAUGGCCACGGUGAAGAGCUUUGUGAUUGUAGGGGAUGUGCUAAAGAGCGUCUACUUCCUGCACUGGAGAGAGGAGGGCGCUCAGCUCACCCUCCUCGCACGCGACUUCUCCUCUCUUCCGAUCACAGCCGUCGAUUUUCUCAUCGACGGCUCAGCUCUCGGCCUGCUUGCGGCCGACACAGCCAAGAACCUCCAAGUUUUUGCAUACUCCAAGUCAAUCGAAACACACAUGGGGCAAAAGCUCCUCCUAAAGGCAUCCUUUCACACAGGAGAGGUGCUCUCGAAGGUUCUUUGGUUGCCGCUGCCACCUCCUCUUGCUGCUGCAACAGGAGGAGGAGGGGGAGGAGGGGGAGGGCAGCAGCAGAGGAACCUAGCAGCGGCAGCUUCGGGCCGGACCAACAGGUUCGGCGUGCUGGCAGGCACGCUUGGGGGAGCAAUUGCAGUGGUGACACCGGUGCCGGAGCUGGUAUUUAGGAGGCUGGAUACAGUGCAGCGUUACAUGGUAACCGCAGUUGAGCAGACAGCAGGGUUACACCCGCUGGCGUUCCGGGCGGUGCAAGGGUUGGGAAAGGGACAGCAGCAUUCCGGAGUGGAGCGAAUGAUCGACUCACAGCUUCUUGCUCAGUACGCGCUAAUGGAGGACAGUCAGCAGGAGCAGCUAGCAGAGGACAUUGGCUCCACUCGUCCCAUGGUGCUGCAGAACCUGCGAGACCUCGCACACAAUGCCAUGCUCUUCUAG